CUGACACCACCCCAAUCAACAAAACAAUUUCCUGCCAACCCCUUUUGUUCUUUCUGUUGUUCUUUGCUCUUUUGCUUGCUUCUUGUUUUCUCUUCUUGUUUUCUGCUUGCGUUGUUGCGUGCCGCUGUCGUGUCGUGCUUGUUCGUGUUGUGCUGUGUGGCUGGUGGUUAUUUUCGAUUGUCGUCGUGGCUGUUUCUUUGUUGGCGUGUGCGUUGUCGAGGUGUGUGAGCCGGUCGUUCGCUCGUGGCCUUGUCCGCGCCGGGUUUGGUUGAUUUGUUUCGACCGCACCUUAUCAACAACAACAGCACUCGCGCCCGGCUUGACCCAUCUCCCGUCCGUCCAAGUCGUGCAACGAAACCGACGACAGCGACAGGCACACGCACCCUCAGAGCAGCUGGGGCGGGUUGAUUGAGGCAACAACUCCGAUUGACUUUGUUGUUGCGGGCACGACUGAGCUCCAACCACUCUUUUGCUGGUUCCGGGCAUGUCCUUGCACAUUGAAGGAUGGGGGUUCUUGGAAGACGACUCGUAUGUGCCGUAUCAAGGCAUUGAGGCCAUGCGCACGCAGUCGUACGAGAAGCUUGCUUCAAGCAACUGCUCGCUCUGCCGCGCUGUCCUCAUCAAGCGGUCGCUGCCUCGCCUGGACCAACUAAGCCAACGCAUGCAUGCUGGCGCCUUGAGCCCCACCGCCCACAUUCCACGGGAGCCCCCGACCUCGCUGUCCCCACCGCUCACGCCCGUGGAUGACCAGUUUCCCGCGCUCGGGGAGCCCAGCACGGCAGACAUUGACGAGUUUGAGGAUGCGUUUGCGGAUGUGUGUGAGGACUCGUUUUAUCUUCAAAGGGCGAACGACAACGCUGGUUUGGACAUGAGCGGGCUUCGUGUACGCUCGAGGCGAGCAAGCCUUGACGAAAGGCGUGCGCUGUCGCCAGAACCAGCACCCGCCACAACUGCUGCCGCGACAUCGGGUGACCACCGCCGCGAUGCGACAAUGCCUGUUGCUGGCUCGCCCGCGCCAUCGACCAACGAGCAGAAAACCCCCCUUCUUGCGUCGUUAUCACAGGCGCCACUCUCCUCCACAUCACCCUGCUCCUCCGUCACGGGCCCCCUUUCUGACCAGCCCUGCGAUGAGGGCGAGCUUGACACCGUGUCUGGGUGCGCACCGACACCGCCUUCUCUCUUCAACGACCACCUCCGACAGUCAUCAUCGACAAGGAAUGUGCUUGGUGGCACCGACGCUGCCUUUGGGCAUGUCAAUGCAGCGCUGUCAUUUGGUGCCAUGGGGCACGAAGACCAGCAGCGCCUGCUCACUUGCGGCUUUGCGACCAGCAGCGCCAACAGGAGGGGCGUCAUGGACAACAACGCAGCACCUGGGAUUUAUGCCGACUUGCACGCCAAAGCCACGAGCCAGCUCGGCGGCGGUGACCGCACGUAUGUUGAUGACAAUGAGCAGGACGACGAUGAUGACGACGACGACAGGAACAGCCUGGACAGUUUUAGUGACGACAGUCCUGUGAGCGGCAACAGCUUGAGCGAUGAUCCCGCGCUCAUGCCCACACCGACCAUUGCCGAUGUCAUGAGCGACGAUGUGGCGUUUGCCGCUCGCUGGAGCGCAAAGCGGUCCUAUGCAGACUCACUCCCAGCCAGUCGCAGGGGAAGCGUGUGUGGCCGUGAUGCUGGCAUGGGCGACAUUUGCGGCGGCAAGGGCUUUUACAGCAACAGAAGCAAUGCUACCGACGGUGACGACGACGACGAUGAUGUGUUUGAGCCCCCAACCAAGACAAGCCGACCCUCGACGCCAUGCCAUGUUGCCGAGCAGACUGCGUCUGUGUCGCGGCUCUCUCCAACGGUUAUGGCGCUGGUGUGAGCUCUUGUUAUCUUCCCAGAUGCCCGGAGCAUGUGUGUCCCGUGAUGUUCUUGUGGAAUGCGUGCGCGUGCUUGUCUUGAUGCGUCGUGAACCACCAUUGUUGCUGGUUUGAACACUUUGUCUUCGCUUAGGGUGCAGCCUCGCUCGUCUGGCCUUCUCUCUCUCCUUCUCUCUGUUUUGUUUGUCCCUUGUGUGCUGUUGUCACAUCGCAUCUCAACAUCACAUCACCUAUUCAACUUCCCCUCCCCUCUUUUGUUCGUGAUCACCCCCUCUUCACCCCCUCUUGUUGCACAAUUCAGAAAGGCCUUUGGUGCCAACGUGUCUCUCCCUAUCUCUCUCUCUCUCUUGUGUGUACAUACCUACUCACAGCAAGCCUGCUUCGGCAGGCACUCAUACACAGGAUAUAACUGACUGACUGA